ACUCUUCCCUCCCCUCCCCCCUUCAGAGUUCAGACACAGCAAGGAAAUCAGGAGACUGCAGAGCAGCAGGGAGCAAAGGAGUUAAUGUUUCCCUCCUCCCAGACCAGGCCUGCAGCCAAUCAGAGAACUCAGUGACAUCAUCAGUGUGCUCAUGUAAAGUCCAUGUGUCAGACGGUGGACCGCUCUCUGUGGGACCCUCAACCUGCUUGUGACUAACAAGGAACUUUCGCCUGGUAAGGGACAAAAACAGGAGGACCCUCAACCUGGUCAGCGGUGACACACGAAGACCCUCAACCUGGUCAGCUGUGACACACGAAGACCCUCAACCUGGUCAGCGGUGACACACGAAGAGACCCUCAACCUGGUCAGCAGUGACACACGAAGACCCUCAACCUGGUCAGCAGUGACAUACGAAGACCCUCAACCUGGUCAGCAGUGACACAAGAAGACCCUCAACCUGGUCAGCGGUGACACACGAAGAGACCCUCAACCUGGUCAGCGGUGACACACGAAGAGACCCUCAACCUGGUCAGCGGUGACACACGAAGACCCUCAACCUAGUCAGCGGUGACACACGAAGAGACCCUCAACCUGGUCAGCAGUGACACAAGAAGACCCUCAACCUGGUCAGCGGUGACACACGAAGAGACCCUCAACCUGGUCAGCGGUGACACACGAAGAGACCCUCAACCUGGUCAGCGGUGACACACGAAGAGACCCUCAACCUGGUCAGCAGUGACACACGAAGACCCUCAACCUGGUCAGCGGUGACACACGAAGAGACCCUCAACCUGGUCAGCAGUGACACACGAAGAGACCCUCAACCUGGUCAGCGGUGACACACGAAGACCCUCAACCUGGUCAGCGGUGACACACGAAGACCCUCAACCUGGUCAGCAGUAAACAUACGAAGACCCUCAACCUGGUCAGCAGUGACACAAGAAGACCCUCAACCUGGUCAGCGGUGACACAUGAAGAGACCCUCAACCUGGUCAGCAGUGACACACGAAGACCCUCAACCUGGUCAGCAGUGACACACGAAGACCCUCAACCUGGUCAGCGGUGACACACGAAGACCCUCAACCUGGUCAGCGGUGACACACGAAGACCCUCAACCUGGUCAGCAGUGACACACGAAGACCCUCAACCUGGUCAGUGCUGACACUUGAAGACCCUCAACCUGGUCAGCAGUGACACAAGAAGACCCUCAACCUGGUCAGCAGUGACACACGAAGACCCUCAACCUGGUCAGCAGUGACACACGAAGACCCUCAACCUGGUCAGCGGUGACACACGAAGACCCUCAACCUGGUCAUCGGUGACACACGAAGACCCUCAACCUGGUCAGCGGUGACACACGAAGACCCUCAACCUGGUCAUCGGUGACACACGAAGAGACCCUUAACCUAGUCAGCGGUGACACACGAAGAGACCCUCAACCUGGUCAGCGGUGACACACGAAGACCCUCAACCUGGUCAGAGGUGACACACGAGGACUCUCAACCUGGUCAGAAGUCUCAAGUAACACUUAUCUGGUCAGACUCAGCCCUCAAGGACCGUCCACCUGGUCAGAGUUGACAUACAAGAACUGUUCUGGUCAGAGGUGGCACACAAGGACCGUCCACCUGGUCAGAGGCGACAAAGUGAUACAAAGACUGUAUCCGGGUCAGGGGUUAUACACAAGGACUGUCCACCUAGUUGGAGGUGACAUGGCCUUUUACUGUCAGAAGGACAGCUAUGCCAUCGAACUGUCCACAGAAGUCGUCUCCUGCACCCCGGCCAAGCUGCAAACAGACAAUGGAGGUGGAAAGAAGGAGACCCUAUCAGGAUACAAUGUAACACUGACUGACACUGUGCUCUUCCCAGAAGGAGGGGGGCAACCUGACGACAGAGGACUCAUUGGGGAGACCCAUGUGCUUCGUGUCACCCGCCGUGGCCCAGAAGCCAUCCACUUUGUCACCUCUCCUCUAGAGCCGGGCACCCAGGUGCUGGUCAAGGUGGACUGGCAGCGGCGAUUCGAUCACAUGCAACAACACUCCGGUCAGCACCUGAUCACCGCCAUUGCUGACUCCCUCUAUGGCUACAAGACAACGUCCUGGGAGCUGGGCCGCCAGAGGAGCACCAUAGAGCUAGACACGCCGGCGGUGACUGCCCAGCAGGCAGACGCCAUCGAGGGAGAGGCCAACCGCCUGAUCCGUCAACAUGUGCCCGUCACUGUGAGGAUCAUUGGCAUUGACGACCCAGAGUUCGACCAGGUGAGGAGCAGAGGUCUGCCAGAUGACCAUGCUGGGCCAGUGAGAAUCAUCGACAUGGAGGGAGUGGACGCCAACAUGUGCUGUGGCACACACGUGGCCAACCUGAGCGACCUCCAGGCGGUGAAGAUUCUGGGGAUGGAGAAGGGCAAGAAGAACAAGACCAACCUCAUAUUCAUCGUCGGUGAGCGGCUGCUGCAGUACGCCACCCGCAGCUACGCCACAGAGCGCUCCCUGACCGCACUGCUGAAGAACGGACCUGAGCAGCACGUGGAGGCCGUGGACAAGCUGCAGAAGUCUGUGAAGAUGCUGCAAAAGAACAAUCUAAGCCUCCUGAGAGAUCUGGCCGUACUUAUCGCCAGUGAUUUCAAGAACCACCCUGACCGUGCCAAGGUCUUCUCCCUGCACCGCAAGGAAGGCGACAACGAGUUUAUGAACAUCAUCGCCAAUGAGAUUGGAACGGAGGACACAGUCGUCUUCCUGACUGUGGGGGAUGAAAAGACAUCAGGGCUCUUCUUGCUGGCUGGCCCUCCAAGAAUAGUCGAUGACCUGGGCCCCCGAGUGUGUAAAAUCUUGGACGGUAAAGGGGCAGGAAAGGGUGGCCGAUUUCAGGGCAAAGCCAAUAAGAUGAGCCAGAGAGGAGAGGCAGAGAGACUGCUGCAGGAGGUCACCUCCACUGAGAGCGAGCAAUAGAGACUGUCAUGAUUGGACCACCCUGGAGGCUGCUAAUGGGAAAGAGGGUAGAGUCUAGACCAGAGGUCUCCAAACUACGGCCCUCCAGUUGUUCAGGAACUACAAUUCCCAUCAUGC